AUGAUGCCCAUGGUCUACCGUUCCCGACUCGAUGAACAGAAAGAGGAGGCCAGGUACGACUACGGAAAGCCGGGCCUAAGCUCGAACACGUCCCACUUCACCGCCAACGUGUGGAGGCUCACCACCCACGUAGGCUUCGGCGUCUUCCGCGCAAAGUACAAGGGAGAAUCAACCAUGUGGGUGGUCGGUUAUUUCUCACCGAGAGGGAACCAGGCUGGCGACUUCGCCCGCAACGUCCUCCCUCGGGGCUCGGUCUACCACGGAGACGACAACAUGGUUCGUCGCGCGGUGGACACAGUCUCGCCCAGCGGCCAACACCCCAGAAAGGCACCCGCCGGCCGUCACGCCGGAGAGGCUCCCGGCGCCUACGUGCGCGUGGAGACGGCCUACGCGGAUGUGAAGCCGCUCCGGUCGGCCAACGGCAAAUUCACUUUCCAGGUGCUGCCUGACCGGAACAUCAUCGUCAGGCAGGCGGAGAGAGUCAUCUGGAACAGCGGCUCGAGAUCGGCCGACAAACCACCGUUCGGCGCCCCCUUCAGGCUCGUGCUUCAGAAGAACGGAGACCUGGUUGGGUACGACUCGUCGGGGAGAGUGUUCUGGUCCUCGGAAACGGCCAAGUGCGGCCCGCCGCCGUACACGCUGACCAUGCAGGAUGACGGCCAGUGCGUGUUGUUCGACGGCCGCUGGAAGGCGAGGUGGGCGACCGACUCGCGCCCCAUCACCAGGAAGUGAAACAACACGUCCGUUCUUGGCGAUGUAGACAACAAUUCUAUCAUGAGGGGCACGAGAGAGCGAGUUGGGUCAAUUCGUGUAGCUUUGGGGGGGAGCGGGGGAAGCGGUAGCUCGUUUCUAAGGGCACGGCCGCGCGUAUCAGCGGUGUAACAAAAAUUUGAGAGGUUUCGAGAAGUUGAUGUCGGUCUUCAUUCGCCUCACUUUGCGGGGAGGGGUGGUAGCUCGUUUUUCCAUAUGCUAGGCCGCGUAUCCGCUGACGCCAUUUUGCGGCUUUAUUUACCAACAGCAACGGGGAGGAGGCACACGCCACGGUUCCAUCGACCACAAAGCGUAUGCCGUCUCACCUAGAGCGCAAAGCGCCUUGAGGUAUUUGGUGAGGCGACACGCAUGCAGGGAGAGCUAGGCCGGGUACGGGAGUGGCAUGCUAUACGGUUGGUGGGUUGCUUUUGUGGAAAUUUGGGUGGGAAAAGGCGGGAUUCACCAAUGCCUGCCUCCGCCGAUCGAAGCGAUUUAGCUUUUUAUUUCGCGACAACGUCUGUAGUAGUGUAUCUUGCGCAAGGGAUUGGUUUUGAGGGUAUAGGUGUUCAGAGGACCUGUAAACAGUUGUUGUUGUUGUUUUUCUCCCAUCAUUGGACUCUAUCGUCUGCCCCUCUGGCCCCUCUCCUCCACUUGUACUAGCUAGACGACCCAACCGGGGUCACAUAGGAGGGGGGGGUUGGACCCCCUCCUGCGGUUCAUGCCUGAGGCUGCGAGGCUACCCAUUAGACAGUGUACACAGGUGGCAGACAAUGCUGGACCUCGAAUUUGUAUGGCGUCGGUACUCAAGUAACUCGUAUGCGUUCGUGUUUAUGCGGAUGAAAUUGCUGUGCAACCUCAAGCCGCUCUCGCAUGGGAGUCAACGUUUUUUGUGUUUUAGUUGUUUUUCUCACUUUUAGUGUGCCCAUUGGUGUAAGGCAAGUGCUUUGUUUAGUCUAUCAUGGGUGGUGGCACGAGGCUACUAUUUGUGCCCCCGCCAGAGCUGUUGAAUGGCACUAGUGCCGCGCUGUCGCGAUGACCUCGUCCAUUCGCAUGGUACUGUAGCUUAUCUGGUUCGUGCUGCCUGUUUACGUUGGCGACGGGGCAUUCGGCUUUUUUUCACUCACUUGAGUUAGUGUUUCGUGUUUGUGAGGAGGCUGGGUACAAAGUCGUAUUUCCUCCCUGCGUUUCCACCUGCGUGUUACCUAUUCGUGAGUUAAGGGUGGGCGUGUGUGUGUGUGUGUUUUUUUUUAGGUGUGGGGCGCGGGCGGAGUGACUGUUUUUUUUGCGGAGGAUGGCAGCCGGUUUCUGUUGUGGUCGGACCUCCCGCGGCGGUCGCGCUACUUACUAAAUAGCACCAUUGCCCGCCGGAUACUAUUGUAGUUUACGCGCGACCCGAAAGAUUACCGGCGAUUGCGCCAUUUUUUUCCUUCUUCGUGUAAGAAAGGUGUCGUUGUGUCUUCCUAUUUUGAACAAAUGUUGGUCGAAUAUUUAGCGUUCGAGACAAGUUACCAGACCUCGUGGUUUUG